AUGUCGUCCAUGGCCACCAUUCCGCAGACUGAUGAAGAGGAGAUGGAGACUUCACAGCUUUGGGGGUCAACCAAUGGAAGCGAAGCAAAGGUUUCUCAUUGGUUUUCUCGCGCGAGGGCCUCCUUCAUUGUGCCCGCUGUUGGUCUCAUGGUUGUGGGUGUCUUGGCAUUGGGCGCGAUUCGCGCGAAUAUGGCCCCUCAGACUGCUCAGGACCAGGCUGGAAUUGUCCAAUUGGGCGAUUUCAAGAUCCCAACGCUUCCAGCGAAUCCGAUCGAUGAGUUGAAGAAAGAAAUCAAACAACCAAUUACAAACUUCAAGGCAGACUUGGGCAUCAAUGACUUGAGGGGGGAUCAGAUUGCACUUUGCGUCGUCAAUCUCAACUUGGGAAUCUGGAAGGUGAUUCAGGUGGGCGCACUCAUCACCAAAACGGUGGACAAUUGCGCAUAUCAAACCACCAAUAUCGACAAGAAAAUUGCAUGCAAUAUCAAUCUUGCUGCGAUCAUAGUUACUUUGUCAGAAAUGAUGGCCUUCUUCACCAGCACCUCCACCUUAUGCACAGGCAAAACAAACCCAGAUGCCCGCUGCACAGUAUUUAUGGCACUGACCUUCAGGCAUUUGGCGCUCUUUGCUGCAGCUGAGAACCAAAUUGCCCUCUUUUGCCCUAAGGCCUCAUACGAAACAACGGUCGUGGAAGGUGGAGUGAGAACCUAUGAUGCUGCAGAACGCCGACUUCUUUCGAAUUCAUCCUUUGCUAACAGCUCUGCUGACAGAGAACUCUCCGCAGUGGUGGUUCCCGACCCCCCCGCCGCUCCGAUUGCAAAAUUGUUUUGCGCAUGGAAUGUUGCUGAGAGUUUCUGGUUCUUUGCUCGUAUUCCCCCAUUGGCCGACAUCGCACGCAGACGUUGCCCGGCAGGGAGGACCGCAAGGAGCAAGGCUGCUUGUUCCGAGGUGAUCAAUAACAUCCUCACCAUGACAUUCAACGGAGUCAAGUUGAUCGCUGCAGCCACAACCAAUUGUGUGGAAGGCACAAACGUGGCUGCUGGAUGUGCUGCUGGCAGUCUGAAUUUCAUGUCAGGAAUCACCGGGAUAAGCUGGGUGGCCUCGGCCUUCGCAAACGGUGCAUGCACAGAUUUGGAUGUAAAGAGGAAAGCUGCCACGGAGGUACGCAUCAAUAGAAAGAUUCACAAGAUUAACCUCAUCAAGAGCAACACGCUGCGGCGCUUGCUACGAGAAGAAACUCCUCACCAGAUGAUUGCUCAAGAAGAGGAGGACACACGCAACAAUGCCACCACAGAAGAACUUGUCCGCCAUCUUAUGCAACAGAUGAAUCCACAAGAAACCGAGACAGGUUUUGAAGAUGAUCCCUAUGAACUUGUAUUGUCACACCUCCAGAGCUUGAAGGCACCCAGUGAGGCAGAGUGGCAGCAGAUGAUGGCAAAGCUGGGCACCAUUCAGGACACGGCCUCCAGCCCUGCAUGCAGGCAUUCCGAGCUGCAAGUAAUCUGGCAGAGAAAAGUGAUGCUUCUUCAGGUCGAACAAAGCUCACAGAGGAAUGUUGAAGAGGCUUCUUUUGAUACUCCAAUCAGGAUGAGGAAGGACACCAGCGUUUCAGAUGCAUUUUUGCCACAAUACAAUUUGAAUCAGCAGGCUGGUUUAGAAAACAUAGAGGGACCGGAUGGUGUGGGAGACCUCACUGUGACCCUGAAGCAGCAUGGUGCAGCAUGGCGCAGCAGCGCGAAGCCAAAGGCUCAGCUCCAGCUGUUUGUUGUCCUUGUCGUUGGCCUUGUCCUGUCGCAGGUCAAGGAGCAAACAGAGACUGAGAUGUCGGCCACACGAGCAGAACAGAAACAUCUUGACAUUUGA